GUGUGUGUGUGUGGCGCCGCAGAUGAUUCUAAUAGGCAGUGGAUAGGGCUGAAAAACCACUGGCCUAGAUCACCUUUUCUUUCGUUCUGUCUUCCAAAAUAGUGACAUUCUCAAUCUAUCCUUUUUCCUUCAUUGAUUUUGCUGAGCUCUCAACGUACAGAAGUGCUGGUUUUGAAAGUGGGCCUGUUGAUACGCUGCAAAAUAAACCAGCUUCCACUUGUACUAUGAUGACACUCCUACUCCUAAAGCCACCAAGCCCUCUCCACCACCCUGCUUGCUUUCCUGGACUCCCUCUGCAGGUCCCUCAAGCUGCCUGUCUGUCACCCCACCAAGCCUGCCCUCAGACCCCACAAGCCUCAUAGGCUGUCUCAGAGCAGUUAUGGUGGUAUUUAAUUUCUAUAUUUCUCUCCUAUCUUAACUUCUUCAAAAUGAGCAUGUUUCUAUGUUUCUAAAAGGACGUUUUCUUUUUCAAAGAAAAAAGAAAGUAGGAAAAGGCACACUUUGCCUAACUCUGCACUUUUGCUUUAAGUCCCAAAUGCGUCAUCGAAAAUCCUCUUGAAUGCUGAUCAUGGGCUUUGGAAGAUGCCAUAAUUAAAAUAUUAAGAUUAAUUUGGAAUAGAGUUCACCCUAUUUCUCUAAGCUGGGCUUGUCUUGACAGGAGGAGGGAAUGCUAAAAAUUUGCCACUUGCCAGGGGAAUAAAAGCUGGGCAGUGUCUUCCUCUCGAAUCCCUUCUGUCUAGUUUAGAACACCAAUUUUUGAGGAUAAACUGCAUGUGUGAGAAAGCAGAACACAGAAUGCAGGUGACCCGGGUGCAGAGGAGUGGCUUUGACUUGGGCAAGAGUGACGACGGCAGUACAGCUUUCUGGUCAGCCUUGUGCUGCUCUGUAAGCUCAUAUUUCUCUUUCUCUGUGCAGAAGAGUCUCAGUCAGCCUCUCUCAGUGGAUUUCCAGGAAUCCUUAAGCAUGGCGGAAAAGCCCAAGCUUCACUACUUUAACGGAAGAGGCAGAAUGGAGUCCAUCCGGUGGCUCCUGGCAGCCGCCGGGGUAGAGUUUGAAGAAAAACUUUUUGAAACACGUGAAGAAUUUGAGAAAUUAAUCCAAGGUGGAACCCUGAUGUAUGAACGAGUGCCCAUGGUCGAAAUUGAUGGAAUGAAUUUGGUAGAAACCAGAGCCAUCCUAAGAUACAUAGCUGCGAAGUAUGACUUAUAUGGAAGGAACCUGAAGGAACAAGCCUGGAUUGACAUGUAUGUAGAAGGCUUGCGGGACCUGAGUGACAUGAUUAUGUUCUUUCCACUCUCUCUGCCUGAAGAGAAGGAGAUGAAUCUUGAAUACAUCCUCACAAGAGCCACUACAAGAUUCUUCCCAGUCUACGAGAAGGCACUAAGAGACCAAGGGCAAGAUUUUCUUGUGGGCAAUCGGCUGAGCUGGGCUGACAUACAGCUCCUUGAAGUCAUCUUAAUGGCUGAAGAAUGCAAACCCAGUGUCCUUGCAGGCUUCCCUGUGCUACAGGAAUUCAAGGCCAGAAUCAGCCACAUCCCCACAAUUAAUAAAUUUCUCCAGCUUGGAAGCCAGAGGAAACCUCCACUGGAUGAAGAAUCCAUUGAGACUGUGAAGAACAUAUUCAAGUUUGAACGUGGCAUGUUUCUUAAAAACAUGAGCACUAUCGUAGCUGAGUAUUAAUAAAUGAAGAGGUCUAAGGGACUCAGUGAAUAUUUCACUCUUCAUUUGUAGCAGGGCCCAUCAAAACAUCAUCAGGCCAUGUAAUAAAGUAGUAAAAGUAAAGUAAUAAAAGCAUAAGGAAAUAAACUACUCCCUGUCUUUAAGUCAGAGAACCCCUUUUCUACUUUUCUUAAGAACCAAUUAAUCAGAACCAUCCAAAUUAUGCAUUAUUCUGCAUUCUACAUAUUACAAAAGAGUGAAAUCAAAUGUAAGCAAAUAGACGUCAAAGAUUUCCUUAAAAAACAAAACAAAAUAAAAACUAUAUACAUCACCAUCACUCACUUCCACCACCUUUUGUGAAAAGUCCAGGAAACAGCAUAGCUUCAAACUAGUUUCUUAAACUUCCAGUCACUGGAGUAUUUUACAGAUAUAGUAUAUAUUCUAUGGUCGAUUUCACAUUUAGGUUCUACUUCAUAGUUUGAUUAUAAGCUGUUAUCCAUGAAAACCCGAAGGCUCUUCUCAGUCAUCUUUGACAGCUGGCAAGUAAGCGGAACAUUGCAACGAUGACAGCCUUUUUUCCAGCUUUGCUCGUGGUAACAAAUCUCUUUGGCAUCAUUAAAGAUUUGUUGGGAUUUUUUAAGCAUAUCUAAGAAUUUUGUCUGGGUUUCCUAUUUGGUUCAACUAGUAGAGUUUUUUUUUCUUCCCUUAAUUACUUAUCACUGAAAGUUUAACAACUUCCCUGAAAUUCAGCUGGGAAGAAUAAAACCAACCUAACACAACCAUAUCAACUUUGCUAUUAUUAGUUGAGGGCUAACCAUACAAUUUCACUUAAAGAAAGGGUUUAAAAUCUGACGCCACAGCAGAAAGUGAACAGGGUUGAAAUGGCAGAGUGUUAGAGCUCUAAGGGGUCUUGUCAAUCAUUUAGUGCAAUUCCUCCUUGACUCAGAUUUCCUGAUGUUCAGUCUGGGCCCUAAAAGUGCGUUGGACAUUUUGAGACUAAAUCAUUUUUUGUUUCAGAAUUAUUACUCUUUCAGAGCGAGAGAGAAUUUCUUCUCCUGAGGAAGUGUAGUGUGCUGGCUUAAACAAGCCUCCUUCCCAAUCUUUUUCAUUAAUAAUUAAACAUUUAAAUAUCAAAGAUGAUUUGAAAUAUAUACGGAAGACACUAAAAUCAAAGAAACAGGUUUAAAACAAAAUGCCUUUUAUUUGAAUAUUGAAUACAUUCUAGGACACAGUGUGCUGAGAAUGAAA